AUUAUCAUGAUUUCUAGAACCACACUCUCGCUAUUAUUUCCAGCGUACCUAGCUGCAGCAUUGCCUUCCAAUCGUAAUUCUUCCCUGACUUGGGCCCCUUGCGAUAUAAACUUCCCAGAAAGCCUAGAGUCUGCGAUCACGACACCAAUCGAGUGCGCGAAUUUAGCGGUUCCCCUGGAUUAUACCAACCCGAAGUUUGGGAAAACAGUCCAAUUGCAACUGGUCAGAAUACCUGCUACACAACAGCCGGCGAAAGGUAGCAUUAUCUUCAAUCCUGGUGGACCAGGUGGCUCGGGAGUGCAGGAAGUCUCGACGGAAGGCCAGAAAUAUCUCGAUGUGUUCAAAGGACAGUACAACAUCGUAGGAUUCGACACCAGGGGUGUAGGCAGAACCAUUCCAUAUACCUGCGGGAUAGCUGGUGGCUCUACUGAUGGUCCCGAUCUCAAACGCCGGGCAAACAUCACAACUCUGCCACAACAGUCUGGCGACGAUGUUUUCGAAUUCCUCAAAUCGAAAUCCUGGGACGAUAACCGAAUUUUCGCAGACAAAUGCGAAAAGAGUCACGCAGACAUCGGGCGCUUCGUCAAUACAGCGUUCAUUGCUCGUGACCUCCUCGCAAUUGUAGACGCGUUGGGCGAAGAUGGUCUUCUGAGAUUCUGGGGCCGCUCGUACAGUACCGUUCUUGGCCAGACGUUUGCUGCCAUGUUCCCCGACCGGGUUGGUCGCCUGCUUCUGGACAGUGUCGUGAAAGCAUCGGACUACAAUGACGGGAGCUGGCAGUCCGCUAUUCACGACACCGACAAAGCCCUUCUCAACUUCUUCUCGGAGUGUAUCAAAUCCGGUCCCACUAACUGCCCGCUUGCAAAUUUUUCAGGCCCCGCAACCACACCUGCUGAUCUGAUGAACGGUCUUAGCAACAUCUUCCAAGAGCUGAUCGAAAACCCUAUCAUUCUUCCCGACGCUUACCCCAUCGUUCCCCCAUGGUGGCAGCCAGGUGGAAUUCCACUUUACCACGAAAUCAAGUACACAAUCUUCACGCAGCUCUACAAACCAAGCAACUUCGGAGCCCUCAUAACCAUCCUCGGUGACGUAUACCGCAAAAACUGGUCAGCAUGGACGAAUCUCACCGCAGCCGACCUGCCAUCUGGCCCUGCUCCAGAAACAUGGAACCCCCAACAGAGUAUCGCACUCUUCGGGAUCGCCUGCUCGGACAGUACAUUCCGCGCAAAGAAACCAGAAGACAUGUACAACCUCAUUCAAGCACAAGCUGGACAAGGUGUUUUCGCUGAUGCAUCCACCUCGACACAGUUCUGGACGUGUGCGCAGUGGCCUUUCCAUGCUGCGGAACGUUACGAGGGAAAUUAUCGCGAUAUUUGCACCAAGAAUCCCAUCUUGCUUGCCAACAACGUGUUUGAUCCUGUUACACCGCUUACCAGAGCAUGGGAUGUUGCGUUUGGAUUCAAGGGGAGUAGGAUGUUGGUACAGAAUGGACAUGGGCACGGUAUCAUGAACCACCCAUCGAACUGUACAAUGGAAGCUAUCAAUAAUUACUUUGACAGCGGCGUUUUGCCUGAUCAUGGUACAGUUUGCGAGCCUAAUCAGUCAGCAUAUGAGGUUGCGCUGGAGGCGGCACAGGCGGCACUAGCCGCACAGAAUGCGACUGGAGGCAUCUAG